CUGAUUGGUAAAGGCAACUGACUCAGUUGAAUUCUACAAAGACAACAGUAAUAAGUCGACUGUCAAUAUAAACGGAGCGUUUUCGUAGCAGUUUAGUAAAAUAGAGUGAAUAUUUUGAUAAGAAACCAAAGUGACAAAGAUAAAUUCUUUUCUCUAUUUUAAGCAAUAAAAUACUAAAUAAUAAUGGGCGCUACAACUUCAAUACAACCCGGUGCUGUUUUUCAACACGAAAACUGGGUUCAUUCGUCACCCUAUCAACCGAUUCCGCCAUUUGCCGUUAUUGGUGGACACGACUGUGACGGCACUCCCAUCUAUGUGGGUCGCUCAUUUCACGAAGGCGAUAAUUUACCCGCUAAAGUAGUACCGAGCAAGGGUACUGCCUACGUCUGCUGGGGUGGCCAGGAAAUCACAAAAUCACACUAUGAAAUAUUGGUGGGUCAAGGUUAUGUUUGGACGACAUGUUAUGGUGGUUCAGUACCACCGAACGCUGUACGCAGUGGAACCACACGCAACGGUGAACCAUUGUAUAUUGGACGCGGUCAUCAUGCGAACAGCUUGACAGUUGGUAAAAUUCAUCCAUCCCACGGUUGUUUGUACAUACCGUUUGGUGGGCAAGAGGUACGUUUGAGCUCAUACGAAGUUCUCACCAAACAAGCCACCGAUCAUUGGGUGCAUACAAGUCCGAAUUUUGCACCACCCAAUGCCGUUGUAGCUGGUUACGAUACGGAUCGUGCGCCCAUAUAUGUGGCACGCGCCAUGCAUCAAGACUAUAAAUGGGUGCAUUCGUCCGCAUACGCUUCGAUGCCGCCAAACGCCGUACUGGGCGGUAAUGACUUUGAUGGCGACACCAUUUACGUCGGUCGUGCGUUUCACAACGGCGACACACUCGUGGCAAAGGUGGUGCCUAAGAAACAAAUCGCUUUCGUCUCCUGGCGUGGGGAGGCCAUACCAAAGGAUCAUUUUGAAGUACUUUGCGGCACAAAUCUUACCUGGCGUCAAUGUUAUGAUCAUGUCAUACCUGAGAACGCUGUUGUCUGCGGUAAAACGGCGUUGGGUCAACCCGUUUACAUUGGGCGUGGUCACUAUGAAGGCAGUUUGAGUGUUGGUAAAAUUUCGUCGGUGCAUCGUGCGCUAUUUAUACCCUUUAAAAAUGCAGAACGCCGCCUGGAAUCCUAUGAAAUAUUGAUCGAGCAGAAACGUAGCGAAGGUUGGGCCGUCGAAGAAUUGGCGCCGCCACCGCCGCCACUACAAGUAGACGUAAAGCCGCCUUACCCAGUGCCACCAAUUGAGGACGUGAAACCAUAUGCCCCACCCGCAGAUGUCAAGCCACCAUUGGGACCACCACCACAAAUGCUCAUGCCAAUGCCAACACCACCGCCGCCACCAGGACCACCGUCACGACCAGCAUUCUCAACUGAUCCCUACAGUCCACAUGCUCCCUCUCCACCACAUUUCGAUCCACCACCACCAUAUCAUUCAAUUGGCGUACCUGUUUAUCCACCGAUCACACCGGCACACACCUAUGUACCACCUGUAGAGCCACAACCAGCUGACACGUGGGUCGUUUCAAGCGCCAACUAUACGCCACCCAAUGCUGUACACGCCGGGCACGACACUGAUCUCUCGCCGAUUGUUGUCUGCCGUUGCUUCCACAAUGGUGAUUUAAUACCAGGCAAGGCUAUACCAAGUCGUGCUUGUGCUUAUAUCUCAUACUCGGGUCAAGAGAUUCCAAAAACAGAUUUUGAGAUUCUCAUCGGUGAGGGUUACCAUUGGGUACCGGCAUCGAAUGGUGCGGUGGCAUCGGGUGCCAUCGAAGCUGGUCGUACUAGAGAUGGCGAGACUUUGUACAUUGGUAGAGCUCAUUAUUGUGGUAGUCUAACACCAGGUAAAAUUCAACCUUCGCAUGGUGCGCUCUAUAUCGCUUUCGGUGGCUGCGAGCGUCGCAUUACGAACUAUGAAGUACUUGUACGCCGCAAUGAUUUCUACCGAGAUGAAGCUAUGAAGAUUUGCUAUUGAAUUGUGUAAUGUACUUAAAGCUAAUGAACUAUUUAUGUAUUUAGCUAUCCAUCGUAUGUAUAUUUUAGCGGAUCUGGCGACCGCCGUGUCGCUCCAAUAUUACGCCUUCAGAUAAACUCCACAGUGAUAAUAA